AUGGCCACCACCAGCACCACGGGCUCCACCCUGCUGCAGCCCCUCAGCAACGCCGUGCAGCUGCCCAUCGACCAGGUCAACUUUGUCGUGUGCCAGCUCUUCGCCUUGCUAGCCGCCAUUUGGUUUCGAACUUACCUCCGUUCAAGCAAAACUAGCUGUUUUAUAAGACAUGUCGUUGCUACCCUUUUGGGCCUUUAUCUUGCACUUUUUUGCUUUGGAUGGUAUGCCUUACACUUUCUCGUACAAAGUGGAAUUUCCUACUGUAUCAUGAUCAUAAUAGGAGUGGAGAACAUGCACAAAUAUUGUUUUCUGUUUGCUUUGGGAUACCUCACAGUGUGCCAAAUUACUAGAGUCUAUAUCUUUGAUUAUGGACAAUAUUCUGCUGAUUUUUCAGGCCCAAUGAUGAUAAUUACCCAGAAGAUCACUAGUUUGGCUUACGAAAUUCAUGAUGGGAUGUUUCGAAAGGAUGAAGAACUGACGUCAUCACAGAGGGGUCUAGCUGUAAGACGCAUGCCGAGCCUCCUGGAGUACUUAAGCUACAACUGCAACUUCAUGGGCAUCCUGGCGGGCCCACUCUGCUCCUACAAAGACUACAUCACUUUCAUCGAAGGCAGAUCCCACCACCUGGCACAGUCAGGCGAAAACGGAAAAGAAGUGCAGUAUGAGAGAGCAGAGCCGUCUCCAAAUGUGGCCGUUACUCAGAAGCUCUUAGUCUGCGGACUUUCCUUACUGUUUCACUUGACCAUCUCUAACACCUUACCUGUGGAGUAUAACAUCGAUGAGAAUUUUCAAGCUACAGCUUCAUGGCCAACAAAAGUCAUCUAUCUUUACAUAUCUCUUUUGGCUGCCAGACCCAAGUACUAUUUCGCCUGGACAUUAGCGGAUGCUAUUAAUAAUGCCGCAGGCUUUGGUUUCAGAGGAUAUGAUGAAAAUGGAACAGCUCGUUGGGACUUAAUCUCCAAUUUGAGAAUUCAGCAAAUAGAGAUGUCAACAAGUUUCAAGAUGUUUCUGGAUAAUUGGAAUAUUCAGACAGCUCUUUGGCUCAAAAGGGUGUGUUACGAACGGGCCACUGUGAGUCCGACUAUCCAGACGUUCGUUCUGUCCGCCAUCUGGCACGGGGUGUACCCAGGAUAUUACCUGACAUUUCUCACGGGAGUGGUGAUGACCCUGGCAGCGCGAGCCAUGAGAAAUAACUUUAGACAUUAUUUCAUCAAACCUCCCCAGCUUAAAUUAUUGUAUGAUGUUAUAACGUGGAUAGUGACUCAAAUAGCAAUAAGUUACACAGUUGUGCCAUUUGUACUUCUAUCUGUAAAACCAUCAUUCAUGUUUUACAGCUCCUGGUAUUACUGCCUGCACAUUGCUGGUAUCUUAGUAUUAUUGUUGCUGCCGGUGAAAAAAACUCAAAGAGGAAAGAAUACACAGGAAAAUGCUCAGCUGGCGCGAUCCAAAAAGUCUGAUGAAAGAGAAAAUGCCUUGGGACAGAAUAGCUUUUCCACAACAAACAAUGUUUGCAAUCAGAAUCAAGAAAUAGCCUCUAGACAUUCAUCAUUAAAACAGUGAAGGGGAGAACCUGCCGACGGCUAUUUUUUCUAUGUUAACAAAAACCACUCUUAGCACCUUUUCAAGGGAUUCGUGUUUGUUUGAAAAGAGAUUAAGUGGGGGGAAAUCAGACAGAUCUAGGUGGGGAGUGUCCUGUAUAGCGGAUUGGAAAUGGAGUGAAUGACCCCUCCCAGGCCAUGUCCCUGUGGGCCACGCCUUAUAUAAAAAUAUUUCCAUUAUUUCAAUGGGCUCUCAGGACCUCGGCAUACGUCCACACGGCCAUGUGUGUGCCCCGUUGCUGAAUGUAUGUUGCGCAUCCCCAGGCACCGGAGAGGUGGGCAGGUCAUUGUGUUAAUCUGGGUGACGGAGAGAAAUUAACUUUUCCCAAUGAAUGUCUUGCCUUAAACCCUCUAUUUCCUGAAAUAUUGUUCCCAAAUGGUAUUUUCGAGUGUAAUAUUGUGAGAACGCCAUUUCAAUAUUUGAUGUUAUGUGCUGUAAAGGAAUUCUGGGGGAAUUUUGCAACAGGAUAUGGAAGAUGUGGAUACUUUAAAAAUGCAAUAAACAUCUCAGUAUUGGAAGGGUUUUCUUAAAGUAUCUCAAACGACUGCAGUACGAAGUGAAACCGCACACAGGACCGGAUGCCAAAUUAUAGGUAGCAUAUUCUCCUGGAGAAUUUACUUACUUUGUGUCAGUCAGAGCCCGUCAAGGAAGAAUUUCUUCAACAUAAUUAAAGGUUGGUAAUGGGAUAUUUUAAGCAUAUUUUCUUAAACACACACACACACAGAAAACAAGGCGAGAGAAGAUGACGAAGGAAGGCGUGAGUGAGGGAAGCCCCACCAGGCCUGGCGCAGAGCCUGCUGGGACGAGGCACGUGCGCCCGGUGAGGGUGCCGCGUGCCCACAGAUGAGUUUCUCACCGUUACUUAUCUGAGCUCGUUGCGAUUAUGUAAGACAUCAAAGUGUCAUAACUUUUUAAUAUGGUAGACUUCUAAAUGAAAUUUCUCGAGCAUAAAUUAUAUAGAGUUUAGAGGGAUGAUGAAAAUAAUAGUGGUGGAUUGUGUGAGGGUCACGGAAGAGAAAUCGCUGAGUAGGGUUACUGUCCAUCUAUCACUUUCUGAUCCUUGACAGCUUACUUCAUAUUGGGAGAUGAAAGCUUAGAGUCCUCGGGUCUGGCCUACAUUUUUAGAGAAUUAAAUAAGUUAGUUUCCACACUCUUAAAUUCUUACGUUAAAAAAAUAUUGCUCUUAACUCCUUUUAAUAAGUUUUAGAUUCUGUAAGUAGAAAAGUGUGCUUUUAUAUUCUAGGCCAUUUUCCCCAUAAUUAAUCUCACCCUGAGUUACUAGAUGUCUCCUUUAAUCCCACAGUCUGGUGACGGGCGCGGUGAGCUGAAAGUGGAGUUGGGGAUGUGAGGCCACCCUAGGGCUUCGGCCACAGACAGUGAAUCAUGGGAUCAUGGGGUGGGGGGUGGAGCACAGCCUCUGACUUCACCUUUAUUCAAACAGUAUAUUUCCU